UGGGACAGAGCCAAAGCGACCGGAACGCCUCAUCGAGGGCGCCCGUUUCCGGGCGGAAUGUGGAUCCGGACGUCAAAGUCCGCCACGCCGGGAGCCCAGCUUCCGGAGUCUCCUUGUGUCUCGGUGGGACUGUGGUGGCGAUGAGGCAGAAGCACUACCUCGAGGCUGCGGCGCGGAAACUGCAGGCUCGCUGCCCGGGCCAGGCCCGCUAUCUCCUCUGGGCCUUCAGUUCGUCACACGAUGCUAAAAGCACUUUUGAAGAAACAUGCCCAUACUGUUUCCAGUUGCUGAUUCUGGAUAAUUCUCGAGUACGCCUCAAACCCAAGCCCAAACUGACACCAAGAAUACAGAAACUUCUUAAUCGAGAAGCAAGAAAUUGUACACUCAGUUUUAAAGAAGCAAAAAUUGUGAAAAAGUACAAAGACUCCAAAAGUGUACUGUUGAUUACUUGUAAAACAUGCAACAAAACAGUGAAACAUCAUGGAAAGAGCAGAAGCUUUCUGUCAGCACUGAGGAGCAAUCCUGCCACUCCUGCGAGGAAACUCAGCCUGAAGACCCCAGAGAGAAAGUCUCUAGGUUCUGCAAACCUAAAUCACAGGGUGUCUGGUUCCAAAGGCAAGAGCCCAGCAUUGACUUUCAGAACACCCACAUCUGGACACUCAACACCCACUUGCUCCUCAAAAAAUGUGAACAAAACAAAGAAACACUUCUCUCAACUAAAAAUGUUACUUAGCCAGAGUGAAUCCAAAAAGAAUUCAAAGGUGGACUUCAGAAAUUUCUUAUCUUCUUUGUAAAGGAUGAACUUGUGGAAAUAAGAAAUGUUUAAUGCAAUUUCUGAAACUAAAGUUACCAGAAAAACAGCUUUUUAAAAACUAGGGUCUAACAGCAAACUUUUCUUGGCAGUAUUCUGUAUUUAUGGAGAAAAUACCUCAUUAGAAUGAAUAAUUAAAACCUGCCUAUCCCCAGGGUGAUUCUGAGAAUCAAAAACAUAUGAAAGGUCCUUGUAGGUAAUUUUAAAAAAAUAUAUGUUUAUUGAUUUUAGAGAGGAAGGGAGAGGGAGAGAAACAUCGAUCGAUU